AUGACUAUUGACUACACUUGGUGGAAAGACGCUACAAUUUACCAAAUUUACCCAGCUACGUUUGCGAAUGGGUUGAAAGAAAAGUAUACUGGUGAUGACAAGACAUUCGAUGGCGCUUGUGGUGACAUUCCCGGUAUCAUUUCCAAAUUGGACUACUUGAAGGAUUUUGUUGAUAUCAUUUGGCUCAGUCCUCAAUAUGAUUCACCACAAGAUGACAUGGGCUACGAUAUUAGUGAUUAUCAGAACAUCUAUCAUAGAUACGGUACCUUGGAAGAUAUGCAAAAAUUGAUUGACGGUUGUCACGAACGUGGUAUGAAAAUCAUUGCUGACUUGGUUAUCAAUCACACUUCAUCAGAACACAAGUGGUUCAAAGAAUCCAGAUCAUCCUUGGACAACCCAAAAAGAGACUGGUACAUUUGGAAAAAGCCAAGGUACGAUGAGAAGGGAAAUAGAUUACCACCAAACAACUGGUUGUCGUACUUUUCUGGAUCUGCCUGGGAAUAUGAUGAAGCCACUGAUGAGUACUUUUUAAGGUUAUUUGCCAGUACUCAACCAGAUUUGAACUGGGAAAAUGAAGAAACCAGGAAUGCCAUUUACGACACUGCUUUGAAGUUCUGGUUUGAUCGUGGAAUUGAUGGAUUCAGGAUUGACACUGCUGGUAUGUACUCCAAAGACCAAAGAUUCCUUGAUGCACCCAUCGUUUACAAGGACCAGUAUUAUCAACCGCAUGCUAUGUACACCAACAAUGGACCAAGAAUUCACGAGUUCCACAAGGAAAUGUUCAACAAGGUUACUUCCAAAUAUGAUGCCAUGACUGUGGGUGAGGUGGGCCACUGCUCUAGAGAAGAAGCUUUAAAAUACGUCAGUGCAUCUGAAAAAGAAAUGAAUAUGAUGUUUUUGUUUGAUGUUGUCGAUGUUGGAUCAGACAAAGGGGAUAGGUUUAGGUACGAAGGUUUUGACUUGAAAGAUUUCAAACAAGCUGUUCAAAACCAAUGUGAUUUUACAGAUGGAACAGAUGCUUGGUCCACUGUUUUUAUCGAAAACCACGAUCAACCAAGAAGUAUUACUAGAUUUGGUGAUAAAAAGUAUCUAACCAAGAGUGGUAAAUUGUUGUCACUUUUACAAACAACUUUAAGUGGUACAUUGUUCAUCUACCAGGGACAAGAAAUCGGUAUGACCAAUUUGCCAAGAGAGUGGCCAAUUGAAGACUACAAGGACAUCAAUACUAUCAACUACUACAAUACCUUCAAAGAGAAAUAUGGCUCAGACUCCGACUUUGCAGAAAAGGAAAAGAAACUUAUGGAUGUUAUCAACUUGUUGGCUAGAGACAAUGCUAGAUCACCAAUGCAAUGGGAUGACUCUAAAUACGCAGGCUUUUCAGAGUAUGAACCAUGGACCAGAGUCAACACCAACUUCAAAGAGAUCAAUGUUGCCCAACAACUCAAAGAUCCAAACUCAUUGUUGAACUUUUGGAAGAAAUCAUUGAAAUUAAGAAAAGAGUACAAAGAUUUGUUGAUUUAUGGAUCGUUCAAGAUUUUGGAUUUCGAUAAUGAACAAGUGUUUACUUACACAAAGAGCUUGCCUAAUUCUGACUAUCCAAAAGCUUAUGUCGUGCUUAACUUUUCCAAGGAAUCAGCCAAAUUCAGUAAAUUGAUUGAUGGAGACUUCAAGUUAAUCAAUGCUAACGUGGAUAAAUCAGAACUUGUUGAAGAAAGCUUGAGUCCAUAUGAGGGCCGUGUUUACAUUGUUGAUUAA